AUGGACAUUAUAUAUCAUGUCAUCUGUCUGUUCGGCGUCACAUCUGGCCUUUUCUGGGAUGUCAUCGAAGAGGUACACCCACUCAAAGGGGCAUGGGCCAUGUGCUACACCCUGAACAAUUUUUGGAACAGGACAUGGCACCAGAAUUUCCGCAGAGCAUUGAAGACCCCGAGCCGCUAUGUUGCGAGACACGUCGCAUGCGCUCCCCAAGGAUCAUGGGCGAGUCGUCAGAUCCAGUACCACAUCGCUUUUGCCAUCUCUGGGAUCUACCAUUGGGCAGCCGCAAAGAUUGCCAUCCGAUCCGAGAAUUUCACAAAAACGCUGGCUUUCUUUGCGAUCAUGCCAAUAGUUAUGUUACUAGAAGACCUUGCUAUCUCCAUCGCUCGAGAACAGCUUGGCUGGCGAAAUCGACGAUGGCGUGUCAUCGGAUACCUAUGGACCUUUAUCGUCCUGACUUCGCUUAGUGUGGGGUUCGUGGACGACUGCGUUAGGAAUGGUCUUGUUACAUCGUUUCCAGCUCUUCCAUUCUCUCCUACAUACGCCAUGUUGAAUCUAUGGGUCCGCAGCGAGACUUAG